AUGAGUGGCGGUGUUGCAGGAGACGUGGGGGAGGCCCGCAUAGUUCUCGAACGGGACACGUGGUUGGUGGAAAAGUUUGUAAACCCGUCGCAGAUCCAGAAGCUUCCCGAUGGUCAGAUGAAACAAAAAGUACAGGUUCGGGACUGCCGGGGUCUGGCACUGCAGGUGGAGACGAAAAUGAAUUCAUUGAUUGUGGAUUCAUGCACAGACACUCGUGUUUGUGUGAACAGUCUGAUUGCGUCUGUUGAAAUCGUGAACUGCAAGAAGAUAAAGUUGCAGGUGUUGGGUUCGGUACCGUCUAUCUCCAUCGACAAGAGCCAAAAAGUGGAUUUAUUUUUGUCGAAUGAGAGCAGGGAAGUGGAAAUAACGACCAGCAAAUCGUCUGAGAUGAAUUUAAAUGUCCCCGUUAAAGGCGAAGAAGGUGAAUGGGAAGAAAUUGCAAUUCCAGAGCAGUUCCAUCACAAGCUGAAACCCGACGGGAAGCUGCACACUCGGGUUUCCGAUCUAUACUCCAGCUAA